AUGGAACCUUGGGAUAGCGAAAGCAACGCGGCUGGCAGCACCAGUAUUCCGGAGAAGCCUGUCGAUGUCACGACACGCAAAGUUGGCCUAAGCCGCGAGGAAUUGGAGAUGUACCGUAACGACCCGUUUUGGCGAAACGUCAGAUACUUCUUCUUCGGCCUCUACUGGCUCGCCUGGCUGGCGAUGAUCGGUGGCGCCGUAGCCAUCGUUGCCGUCUCGGGAAAGAUCGGCUCCACGACCACGGUCGCCACCACACUUUCCACGAGCCCCCUGCCGACCACUAGCCAA